CUUUCUAACUCUUCAGGCGCUGUUUAUGAAAAAGACACAAUUACACAGACCCUCUUAACUGCAUGAGGAUGUUUAAAGUUGCUUCUCUCAUCUUGUUGCUUUAUGCCACUGCCAGUGUCGGAUGGCCUACACACAUCAUCUGCAAGAAUGAUCGCCUGGAAAUAAGCUACAGAAGCUGUGAUCCGCUGCAAGAUCUUGCUUUUAGCUUUUCCAGCUGCUCCAGUGUAGUGCCCCAAACUAUUAACAUCAGAUUAGCAACCAUUUUAAGGCACAGCAUAAGGGAGCUGUCUGUGGAAGUAAGUCUUGUCAUCAAUGGAAAGAGCGUCCCAGUGUACUCCAAGCAACUUUGUGAGCAGGAUCACCCACAGUUUCAUUACUGUGGAAAGAGGAAAGGAGAACUUGUCUACUAUGAAGGGCCUGUCUCGGUAGGAUUUCAUGACCUCCCUCAGGGAGACUUUGAUGUAAAGGUGGAGUUCUUCAAUGAAGACCAUCGCACUAUUAUUUGUGCUGACUUUACAGUUAAGAAUCACUGAGGGGGUGGUGUUAUUAUUGCAGUCACUAAGAGACAUGGUUAAAAGCAGCAUAAGCUGGAGAAGCGUUUUUAAAACACCCUACCAUCUGCAAUCCAAUAGAUGUGGUGUAGCAAAACAAUGGAAUGUAGAAGUUUAGGUGCAAUUCCUGCUUACCUUCUAUUGCUUUUAAGGAAAUUGCAAAACCUCCUGUAUGUGCAGUAUAUUCAGCUCUCCUUCCUAUCACUCUCAGCUUCUUUUUAUAACACAAUUUGUUUAAACUCAAGGAGCGGUUAAGGGUCAUUAACAGCAAAUCAAUUUCCCACACAGAUUCUCACCCAAAUCCAUUCCCCCUUGGAUGAAUUUUCUUCAAGAGGAUUCAUUUUCCUCCCAGACUGUCCUCCACAAAGGACCACUGGUGCCUUUUCAUCCCAGUGAUUCCAGCUCUCCUUCAGUCUUUGGGGUUUGUGCACAAUCUGCUACUGAGCCCUUGGGAGGAAGGGAGGAGAAGGUGGAUUCAUACCAAUGAAAGCCCUAGAUCACAGAUACAGAAACUGUGGCCCUCUAGAUGUUGUCAGACUCCAACUCCCAUCAGCCCCAGCCAGCAUGGCCAAUGGCCAGGGAUAAUGGGAGUUCUAGUCCAACAACAUCUGGAUGGUCACAGGUUCUCCAUCCCUACACUAGACACUGCCAGAGAUGCUCAGAAAGACACCAGUCUACCUCUCCACCCAAGCUAUGCCAUUUCUUUACCAAAGAAAUGGGAUUCAAACAAAGCAAAGCAUGGUGCUUAAAAGAUAUUAAUGGGCAUCUGCUACCAAUCAACAACCACCCAUGUCAAUGAGUGAGACCUCCUCGCCCAUCCCUAACACUCCUCCAUGAAAAACAAUCCCAGUGCCUAUGUGGCAUUCUGUUGUGAUCUGUGCACGCAGACCAGAAAGCAAACCCCAUGGACAACAUUUUUGAAUGGGUACUACCUAGCCCAGAAUAUACCUCUGAAUUCUCAAAAUCACCACCACUACUCCAGUAUCCCCUUAUCAGAUACAGUGUUGCCAUUUCUUAUUAUGGGGAGGAGGGAGGAAUCUUUUUGACCCAAUCUUAGUACUAUAUUUCUUGGAAUGAACCAGCUAGUAAUUCAUCUAUGACUACUUCCACAUACAAUGGCAUAGUUCCAUGUGGUCUCUCCUAUCAUUGAAUAGAAUGUUGAUGUUCUGAAAGAAGUAGCCUUCUGCCUAAUCAUGUUAGUGGACUAAUAAGUACAGCACGAGACACAGCUGAAAAUGAACACACUGCAUUCAAAAAGUUAAUGAACAGAAUUGUGCAAAAUUACAAGACAACGCAAAGGAUGUAAAUGUAGCUACCUUAAAAUAAAUGUUAAUUCUAAUAGAAUGGU